AAACCGGCGGGCACAUGCACCUGAGAUUGUGCGCACCCAGCCGGAAUUCCUCAAAGUUCACGCUCAAUUUGAACAAUCAAGACUCAUGUAAACUCGGAAAUCUUCCUAAUACGGGUGAAAAUUACAUGCAAGGCAAUUUGUGAACUGUGUAUUGUAAUUCAAUCCACACUACCAGUGAGAAAGGGAAACACAAUAACAAUAUAUUUCCUCAAAUUCAGCUUUAGAUCUCGUGGGCAGCGCAGUGACGCUGUGAUUACCUCCCAAAGGAACCCGGAGAUGAAGGGGAAAAAAAGAAAAACAUGUUCCGGAACUUUACCGACACCUGCGACCAUGAUCGCCUUAACAUUGAAUCGUUUCCCUCAUCACGGGGAAUAUGAGACUGGGUUGGAAUAUAAGAACCACUAGUAUCGAACAGACAACUGCAAACAUCUAAGCAGGUGUGCAUUUGUGUGAGAGUUUUUGGAGAUGACAUCCCCAUGGUGUGUGCUUGGAAAUAGGAUCACUUCUCUUGGACAGGCCGGUCUGUCCAAAAACACACACAUGCCACGCUCUAGUCUACUGUGUUUGGUGCUCUUCCCUGAUGGCACAACCCACAAUUUUACUGUCAGUAAACAUGAUGCUGGUCAUCUGUUGUUUGACUUGGCUUUUGAACACUUAAACAUAGUGGAGAAACAGUACUUCAGCCUGCAGAUCAAUGAGGACACCUCCAGCUCUCCGAGGUGGCUGGACCCCAACAAACCCUUUAAGAAACAGCUGAAAGGUUCUGCUCCAUUCUUUUUAAUAUUUAGAGUGCGGUUCUUCAUCUCUGACCCAAACUCCCUCCAGCAUGAACAGACCAGGCAUUUUUAUUUCUUGCAAAUUAAGAAGGAUAUUCUUGAGGGGAGAUUAAAGUGUCCUCUGAGCUCUGCAGUGGUACUGGCUUCAUAUGCUGUUCAGUCUGAUUUUGGAGACUUUGUCCUUGAAACUCCCCCUGGAUACCUUAGUCCUGCCUAUUUUCUCCCUGAUCAAGACAAGGAGUUCCUUCUUAAAGUGGAGUCACUGCAUCCGCAACACAAAGGUCUUUCCCAGAGUGAAGCUGUGUUGUGUUACUUGAAUACAGCAAGAACAUUAGACCUAUAUGGAGUGGAGCUACACAAUGCUCAGGAUGUGAGCAACCCCGCCCUCUGGGUGGGGAUUACAUCAGGGGGUGUGGCCUUGUUUUGCAAUUUCAUUUGUUCCAGUUUCUUCCCUUGGAUUAACAUCAUCAAAGUAUCAUUCAGAUGGAAAAGGUUCUUCAUCCACCUACGCCGGAAACAUGGUGAGCUGGGCCACCAUGUGGUUUCUCUCUCCAUGCCAAGCUCACGUGCCUGUAAGAACCUUUGGAAGUCCUGUGUUGACCAUCAUACAUUCUACAAUAGGAAGCCCUCUAAAUCAGAUUCAAAACUCAGAUCUAUCCCGCUGUACCGAACGCUAAUUGGUGAGAAGAUGUUGAACCAUGCAGUCAAGUUGAACUCAAUGGAACACCUGGAAACCAAGAGCCUACCCUCCCCGUCACCACCAAACACACCUAACUGGCGAAGUCCUCGAUUGCGGCAUGAUAUUCGUAAGCCACGCCCUUCUUCUGUGGACAACCUGACCAGUGAAAUGAGCUAUGUGACAGAGAGUGAAGACGUGUUCUACACUUACAGGAAACCUCAGGAGGAUGGGAAGACGAGCAGUAGUUGGUCCCAAAGUGAUGAUAUCAUUGCAGAAGAUGACGACUUGCACCUCUGGGAUAAGAGUGUGACAGUUGAUGGAGAUCUUCUGCUUGUGAGAAUCAGCCCAGACCAAGAUGGGAAGUUCGGCUUCAAUGUUAAAGGAGGUGUGGAUCAGAAGAUGUCCCUGGCCAUCUCUCAUGUUAGCCCUGCAUCUCCGGCUGGUCGCUGUGUGCCUCCUCUGAUGGAGGGAGAUCAGGUGUUGUUGAUAAAUGGACGUGACAUUUCAGAGCACACACAUCAGCAGGUGGUCAUGUUCAUCAAAGCCAGCCGAGAGUCACACAGCAAGGAACUAGCCUUGCUUGUGCGCCGCAAGGGUGUCUCUUUGCGAGCUGAACACACACUACUGUUAGUUGGUGGUCUCACCCUUCCAGGUGAACUAUCCCCGCUGUCCAGUCACCCGUCUGGAGAGACACUGGAAGAGUCCAUGGCCCGUCUAGAGAGGGGAUUGGUCACUGGCACACUGCUUCUGCAAUUUGAGAAGUUGUAUAGGAAGAAAGAUGGAAUGUUAAUGUCUUGCGCAAAGCUGUCUGAGAAUAUGGACAAGAAUCGAUACAAAGAUGUAUUACCGUAUGACAUCACCAGGGUGGUGCUACAAGAGGAGGGGGAGGAUUACAUCAAUGCCAGUCAUGUUAAGACUGAACCAGCAGGUUGCAUGUUGCAGUACAUAGCAGCUCAGGGUCCACUGCCACACACCUGUACACACUUCUGGAGGAGUGUGUGGGAGCAGGAUGUCAGAAUCAUCGUCAUGCUGACCACACUGACCGAAAGAGGACGGACCAAGUGCCACCAAUACUGGCCGCACCCUCCUGAAGAGAAGGAUUAUGGGUAUCUUCAGGUGUGCUGUCACUCAGAAGAGUGUAACCUGGCAUAUGUUACCAGAGAACUUACACUCUCAAAUACUCAGUUGGGACAGCAGCGCUCAAUCACUCAUUUGCAGUAUGUUGCCUGGCCAGAUCAUGGGGUACCAGAAGAUUCCUCAGACUUCCUGGAUUUUGUCCAAUCAGUGAGAAGUAUGAGGGGGGAGUCUGUGCCUCUAAUGGUCCACUGCAGUGCUGGGAUUGGGCGGACAGGUGUGCUGAUCACCAUGGAGACAGCCAUGACCUUGAUGGAGAAGGAAAAGCCAGUGUAUCCCCUAGAGAUCAUUAUCAUGCUGAGAGAACAGAGGGCCAUGCUGGUUCAAACAUCGUGCCAAUUCACCUUUGUGUGCGAGGCCAUUCUGAGGGUGUACAGAGAGAGAUUUAAACUAAGCCAAACACCUAAGAGUUGAUGAGAAGAGAGAGACAUUACAAGAGUGUUUGAAAAAAACAGACAAUAAGCCUGAAGCUCUGCUACUGUGAUCAGACUUUCGAUAAAGAUGGAUGAAAAUAGGAAAAAGGGGCAUGGAUUAGGGGGCGUGACUGGAUAAAGACAAUCUCUUCUCUUAUUGCGGCUCUCCUGACAGCUGUGCGGAUCAAGGAGAAACAUGAAGCACUUUGACAUUUAAAGCUGACAGAAUUCUGCAGUGCACACACACUUUCUGAGUCUGUCCCCAAAACAAACACGGUAUACUAUACAUAAACCAAAGCCACUACUGCUAGAAUAAUUAAAUUCACCUCUGCUAAUAAAUAAUAAAAUG